AUGAAAGGGGACUGGCAUGCGACCCAGCAGGAGACUAAUAAAACCAUCACCACCAGCACCAAAGCCAUCAAGCAGCUGUCUGAGAUUGUCAGAGGCUCAUCCAGGCAAGAGAGGCUCCAGCUGGACAGACUGAAGAACCAGCUGUCGGAUGCCAUCCAGAGAUACGGAGCUGUGCAGAAGAAAAUAGCAGAAAAAUCCAAAGCUUUGCUUCCCACUGGGCAGAGAAGCACCAAACAGCAGAGCCCCAAGACCCCCUUCUCUGACCUACCUGAUGAUGAGAAGAUCUUUAAUGGGGGAGAUGCCACGUGGCAGAACCAGAGCCAGGACCAAGCCUUGCUCUCGGAAAUCACGGAGGAGGAUCUGGAGGCCAUUCGGCAGCGGGAAGAGGCCAUUCAGCAGAUUGAGAGUGACAUGUUGGAUGUGAACCAGAUCAUUAAAGACCUGGCCUCCAUGGUGCAUGAGCAAGGAGAUGCAAUAGAUAGUAUUGAAGCCAACAUUGAGACGGCGUCUUCUAACGUAGACUCAGCCAAUGAGCAGUUGGCAAAAGCCAGUCAGCACCAACUACGAGCCAGGAAGAUGAAGUGCUGCCUCCUCUCCAUCGCUUUGGCUGUUCUGGUGCUCAUUGUCAUCAUCAUCGCGGUCUCUGUCAAGCGCUGAGCUGGUUGUGGUUUCCACAGAGCCUGUGAUCCCCCUGGGAAGCUGGAAUGGAUUCUCCAGGCAUUGCACAUUCAGGCCCUGUGUCCAUGUCUGCGUUACUGACACGUCCCAUCGAACCUGCUACACCAACAAACACAAAUUGUAUGAAAAAAGAGCUAAAUUUCAUACUGUGUGUUGGUACCAUUGUGAAUAAUUUUGCCUAUUUCUUUUCCCCUUUGUUGUAGACAUGUUUUACCUCAAAUUUUAAUUACGUCCCCUGUGUCUGGGGAAUGCUAUUCCUCUGCCUUCAGAUUUGCUAUACAAUGUGCUGUAAGAUAAGUAGCUUUUAAUUCAUCUCCAUUGUUUGUGUUUUUAACCUGCUCCUGAUCCCCAGUUCUGCUCAUUUAAAACCAUGAAAGUCAAAGUGUUUUGUCUGAUUCUUUUUUUGUUUGUUUGUUUGUUACUGGUUUUGUACAUUUAAAGAUUAAUUUAGCUCAGAUUCUCCCCCCUGCUGUGCACUGCUGCUUUAGACUCUGCUCUGCUGGAUCUGAGCUAAGCAUGACCACAAUUAUAUGUGCCAUUUACAACACUUAGAUGCUUAUUUUAUCCCACUGUAUGCACAGAACACCACAUUUAUUUAUGAGAAAAACUCGUGAAAGAGCAGGUCAAAUAAACAAGGCACACUGUUACUAUUUUUUAAAGACCUUUAAUCUAUUAAAAAAAAUCAAGCAAGGUAUCUCAUAAAAAAAGCACCAAAUUUUGCAUUAGAUUCCAUUUCAUAGGUUUCAAUGCAACCAGCAUUUGGGAUUUUGUUCCAUCCUGACCCACAAUAUUUUCUGCUGACAGCAUGAUUGAAACUGCCAUUUAAAUUCUCGUUUAAGUGUGUCGUGUGUUAUAAAUGCAGUUUUCCUCCAGUAAAUAAAGCAUUUCAAAAAUGGUUUUAAUUAAAA